ACGUGCACGCAGUUACGUCAGUCGCUGAGUGCGGGGGGCUCUGAGAGAUCCGGGCCUAGUUGUCACUGAAGCUUGGGAGCAGCGUGGAGUCUGCCUGCCUGCCUGCCUGUACCCCCUCUUUCCGUGGUACAGCGAUAGCUGAGACUGUAAACUGCUAUAAAUCCUGAGGGUAAAUACUCAGGGAGGAAAAGCUGAGGGAGAGGAUAGUGGGGACAAUAUUGAGGCAGUUGAAGCGUAAAUAGUGAGGGGUUAAAUUCAGGGAGUAGUAUUGGAGGUUAAUUUUGAGGGGCACUGGUAAAUAUUGGGGAGCGCAAUAUUGUGAGUAGAUUUUGAGGGAAAACACUGGAGGGGUGUAAAUUCUGAGGGACAAUUGAUAUAUUUGAGGGUUGAUGACUCAGGGAGUAAAAUACAGAUGUUAAAGGGCAAGGAGUAAUUGUUGAGAGAGUGGGGUAACACUCGAGAAUUCAUAGAGACUGUUAAAUGUAGGGAAAGCUAGGGAAGAAAAUUGAGUUACUGUGCAAGUAUAAGGUUUAGGAUGGCAGUACAUGUAGUGUGACAAACUGAGCUGAUAAAUUAAUCCAUCAAUUAAUAGGCUAAAAGGCAAGGCAAAGCAGUGGAGAUCAGGGUUGGAGGCAGACAGCACCAGGAUAAUUCUGAUAGAACACAAAUAAUUGUUCAUGGGUUGAAGUCGAGAUGCCUUGGCCUUUCUCUGAAUCGAUUAAGAAACGGGCAUGCAGGUACCUGCUGCACCGGUAUUUGGACCACUUCCUGGAGGAGAAGUUGAGUCUGGAGCAGCUGAGUGUGGAUCUCUACCAGGGAACAGGCUCCCUUGCACAGGUUCCACUGGACAAAUCGUCCUUGAACGAAAUCUUGGAUUCACUUGAUGCGCCUUUGGAAAUAGUUGAAGGAUUUAUCCAAAACAUUUCUGUUUCAAUACCAUGGGCAUCACUUCUGCAGGAAAACUGUGCAGUGGGGGUACAGGGAUUGGAGAUGGUCUUUCGACCCAGGCCUCGGAUAGUGUCUGGCACGGAGCCAAUGUACUGGUCCAGCUUUAUGACGGAUAGUAUGCAGCUGGCCAAAGAGUGCCUGAGUCAGAGGUUGACGGAUGAUCAAGCUGACGGACUACAGCCAUUUGAGGGGCUUGAGAAGUUUGCAGAAACCAUCGAAACAGUUUUAAGAAGAGUCAAGCUUACGUUUCUAGAAACUGUCCUCAGGAUUGAGCAUAUCCCAGAGAACUCAAAAACUGGGAUUGCCCUUGAGAUUCGAAUACAGAGAAUUGAAUACCGUGAUGAAUCUGCAAAUGAGAGUCCAGAUAUUAGCAUUCAUCAUCCCACAGCUUUUGCCCAAAAGAAUCUGCAGCUGCGUGGAAUCUCAUUUUCUUGGCAUGAAUUCCCUGAAAGUGCGAAAACAUCACCCAGAACUUCACCAAUGCAGGAAAUGGAACCAAAGCUCUCUCCAAGUUGGAACCCAAAAAUAGUUUCAGAGCCUCACCCCCAAUUCACAAGGAAAGCAUCUGAUGCUGUUCUCUUUGAUCCAGUCCAGAUUGGGAGUUGUGAAGGGAAAGUGGAACUAAAACUCACAUUGAAACAGAAUGAAGCACUUCCAAUGGCCAAGCUGGACGUGGAGGGACAUAUAGAGGCUGUCAACUUCUUCCUAUCUCCACGACAGGUUCACCUCCUGUUGGAUAUGCUGAGCACCAUUCUACUGCCAGGGUGUGCCGAGGCAACAACUGUUCCAUCAAAGAGCCGGAGAAAUCGGCCAAUGCAGCAGGAAGAUCAGUAUCUGAUUCAAAUGGAACUCAACCGAUUCAUGCAGAAGGAAAAGGGUUCCCCUGGCAUCUCAGCAGAGCAAAGCUAUUAUGAGACAGAAACCGUUCGAACAACUUCAAGCAGAGCAGAAGAUGAUGUCUUCUUCUCAAUGGCAGACAUGGAAAUGUCAAACAGUGUGGCAUCUCUUCCACCCCUUGGAGAGCCAACAAUUGAUAUGGAGUUAUCGUUGAGUAGCACACAUGCCAACUCAACUGGCAGUUCUCCACAGAGCACACCAGGGUUUUCCACAUCAUGGGACGAUUACCUGGAUCACUCUGGGCAAGGUGGCCGGGCGGUACAGGAGUCAGCGUUUAACUCGAAAGAGUUACCCAUAAUACAGAGACCUCUCCGACCCAGCAGUUUACAUUCCAAAUCACAUUCCAUUGAUGAAUCCAGACCUCAGGUUGUUAUCCGGCUGACUAUUGGCAGUCUAUCCAUGUCAGUGCUGCACAUUGAUCCACUGCCGCCACCUGAGAACCCGUUGCACCUUGAUCCUCUGAGCAGGAUGGCAUCCCAUUUCUUUGAGCAGUUGAAGACCCUCAAUCUGUCUCAGUUUCCAGCAGGGGAAUUCAAUGCCUUCCGACCCAAGUUUGCUGCAGCUUGUCCCCAUGACCAUCUCAGGCUCUUUGCAACUGGCAUCAAGCUGAACUAUGAACAACGACUUGGCACCAGUUCUCGAAGCUUAAACACAGAUGUCUGCAUUAACUGGAUGGAACUGUUGGAAUGUCUCUUCCCUAUGGAUUCAGUGACUGUUGUACCACAAUAUACAGAGCUGAUCACUUUUCAGUCAGUGAGUGAGACAGGAGCUCAUCCCACACCUUCAGUACAGCUUCACUAUAAGCACAUCGACCGAAGAGGAAUUCAGGGCAGCCAAGGGAGACUGACAGCGGUGCCACAAAAGGCAGAGCUGCAGAUUGAGCUAGGCCUGAUUCAGUCAGAAUUGGACAUCAGCAUUGUGGACAGGCUUAACUCGUUACUGCAGCCUCCAAAACUUGCAACAACAGAAAUGAUGGCAUCACACAUGUACACCUCCUUUAACAAACACAUCAGUCUGCAGAGAGCCUUCACUGAGGUUUUCCGUGACGAUUCUGCCUCGCCUGCUAACCAGCGGACGUCUGUACAGCUCACCACACCUUUGUUCAAACUGGCCGUCCGCUUCCCUAUCCCAGACCUUCGAUCUGACCAGGAAAGAGGACCCUGGUUCAAGAAAUCACUACAAAAGGAGGUUCUGCACUUGGAAUUCAGCGAGGCAGAAUUUAAGACUGAAUUCUUUGGGAGUUUAUCCCAUGAACAGCUCAAAUUGGAGCUCACUUUCAAAGAACUGCUUGGUAAAUUCCAGGAAGAUCCUGCGACACCACCGUUCACAUUUUUUAAAGUGUCACAUGGUGCUGAUGGAGACAUGUCAACUUUCGACAGCGGGAAGUUUGAUUGGCCAAGGGUUGUAUUGAAAGUGAAUCCAACAGUGGUGCAUUCCAUCUUGGAGCGAAUAACGACAGAGGAGGAGGAACCUGGGAGUCACUUACUUGAAGAUGAAGAAGGUGGCAGCCACUCCCUGAAGGAUGUUUGUGAUUUGGGAAAGCAAGAACCCUCGCCUUUCUCCUCGCGAAGAGUCAUGUAUGAAAAUGAGGAGAUGGUGAUGCCAGGGGAUCAGUUCGAAAUGGGUCAAUUCCAGGAUAAAACCAUAAGCACGUCCCACUACGUACUGGAACUGAUGUUACCUAAUGUCAACCUCACUCUGCCAAACAAAGCGUUCUAUGAGAAGGUGUAUAACAGAAUAAAUAAUGAUUUGUUACUAUGGGAACCUGCUGCCCCAUCUCCUGUUGAGACUGUUGAAAACAUUACUUACGGGGUUGGACUGUCUGUAGCCAGUCAGUUAAUCAACGCGUUCAACAAAGACAGUCUCCCUCCACUCAAGUCGACACUCCUCCAGGACGAUGACGAGAGUGGCUCUGAUGAGGAGACGCUACCAUUCUGCCCUAGUACUGACCCUGCCCACCGUUCACGUCGUAAAAAGAAAGUUGAACAACAGAACAAGAAUUGCCAGAGCUUUCUGUCGAUCCUUCUCAAUGUGUCUCAUGGGCUUGUCAGCAUAUACACAGAUACCAAGAGUGAAGAUGGCACGCUGUUAGCUGGGCAGCAUGGUGAAUUCUGGCUGGAGAUUGAAAACGCAAGCUUGUUCACUGUGGGGAAGUAUCAAGGCUGUGAUGGUCAGCAUUAUUUCUGUCUCCAAACAAGCAAAGUCUUCCUUUGUCACCAAGGUCUUUCCAUCAUCCUACCAAUUUACAUCUGCUUUCAUGAAGGUGCUGACUCUCACUGGGGUACACGGUCCUGCUCCUCUCCUGAAGGAGUAGUUGAGGAUAUCUGUGCCCCUGGUGAUAUAAAGCUCCCCAGCAAGUCUCAGCCUUCAUGGGUUGAACCUACCAUAUACAAGUCUGAGGAGGGUGCUCUGACCAAGCAGGCUGCUGCUUCAGUGGGAGUUGGUGUAGAAAGUCCAAACAUGCUCUCCAUUGCAGUAAAAGUACAUCACAACAAAAACGAGAGCAACAUGAAGGAGAUCCUGGUGGCUAUCGGGUUGCGUGGGGCCACCCUCCAGCAUCGCAAUGUGCCCCCAGGGCGAAGCUGGUACGAGCAGUUUGUGGAUUUCCUGAAUAUUGCUGAUGAACCAGUUUUGGGUUAUGCCCACCCAGCAAAUGAAACCACCUUCCACCUGCAUCUCUGGAGCUGUGCCCUGGAUUACAGGCCACAGUAUUUACCAGUUCGAGCACUAGUCACUGUUGAAACCUUCACAAUAUCUAGUAACAUUGUUCUGGACAAGUAUUGCUCCACACUCAGAAUUAUUAUCGAUGAUGCUGCAUUGUACUUGUCUGAAAAAUGUAAUCUAUCUGCAGUAAAUUUAAAGAAAGAUUAUGUGCGUGUCUUGGACAUGGGGUUACUGGAGUUUCGAAUAACUGCGUCAAAGCAGACUGCAGAAGCAGAGCUGUUUCAGCCCCGGUUUGAACUUCAAUGCACUAGUGACGUCAUCCAUAUCCGGACCUGUUCUGAUUCUUGCGCUGCCCUCAUGAAUCUCAUCCAGUAUGUGGCGAGUUAUGGAGACCUACAUCCUCCCUGCAAAUUCCAGGCUGCUCCAGGAACAGCAGCUCAGAGAAGCAGGGCUGGUUCAGGUGACAGUGCUCCUUGCCGAACCUCCGGCCUUGCUGAAGCCGAGCAGAAGCUCCUACGGGACCUGAUGAUUGAUGCGAUGGAAGAGAUGGAUAUCCCACCAUCUUCACCUCCUACUACUCAAGCCUCGCAGCAGUCAAAUGGGAUCUAUGAUGACCUCAUUCAAGAGCGCGAGCCAACUCGGUCUGACCUGUUCCUCUUCCCCGAUGAGAGUGGAAGUUCUUCACAGGAGCAGAGCCCAAGUUCCACCAUGAUCUUUCCUGAGCAUCAUGCAGCCUACCCCUCCUUGCCCAGCGAGCAACCCGAGAGUGAGGACUUCUGUAUCCUAGAAGCACCAAAGAUGGCGAUCAUGAGAGAGACUGAGCCUGUAGUGAGGAUGCUGAAUUCUGGACCGAUCCUCAUCAAAGAUGACUACUUCACACAACCGGUCAAGAAGCUGGACACUGGCAAAUCACCACUGCACCUUCCAGUCCCUGAGACCCGAUAUGUAGUGAAGGAGAUCUCAGUUGUCUGGCACCUGUAUGGAGGAAGGGACUUUGGAACUGCCCUCUCUACACGUUCUCCCAUGAAAAGCAUAACCUCCUCUCAAGGCUCGCCGUCUCAGUCAUCCUCCCGCCACAGCCGUUCUGCCCGUCGUAUUCAGGGUGGACCUGGGAGGAACCAUGAUGUGCUGAUGGAGAUUCAGUUCAGCAAGGUGAAAUUUCAGCACGAAGUGUACCCUCAGACAGGUUAUGAUGAAGAUUCAAGUUCAACAGAGCAUCCCAUUUCACGACAAGUCUUCAUCGUUCAAGAUCUCGAGAUCAGAGACCGUCUUGCCACAUCCCAGAUGAACAAAUUCCUCUACUUGUAUUCGAGCAAAGAGUUCCCAAGAAAGGCUCAUUCUAAUAUGCUAACUAUUAAGGCAUUACACGUGAGACCAGAUUCCACUCAGAUGCCUCGUGAGUGCUGUUUACGCAUCACACUAAUGCCCCUUCGACUAAACAUCGAUCAGGAUGCAUUAUUUUUCUUGAAGGACUAUUUUACCAGCCUGGCUGCCGAGGUAGAGCUGUUAAUUCCUCCAGAUCCUGUACAAGAGGUGAGAAAAACUCCUGGAACAGACAUCAGCAGUAGCCUUUCCAAAAAUGGAACCAGUGCUACAGACCAUGGACCCAUUAUUACUGUACCAGGUCACAGCAAACACAGGCUGGAUCCUUUGACUGCUGCGAGCAGAGUGCCAGUCAGUGAGCCAGAGGGUGUCUCAGUGCCAUUCGGGGACCAGCCAAUCUUCUUCCGGGAAUUUCGCUUCACGUCAGAGGUGCCAAUCCGACUGGAUUAUCAUGGCAAGCACAUGUCCAUGGAUCAAGGUACCUUAGCAGGGAUCCUAAUUGGACUGGCUCAACUGAACUGCUCAGAGUUGAAGUUGAAAAGGUUGUGUUACAGACAUGGGUAAGAGUGCAGAGUGUCCGAAUAAUAUCACUCCAUCUAAUACUGCCCUCACCAUUCUGAAUGAAUCUUACAGUGCCGAGAUGUACCUCUUGGCUAGGAUCAGAAGGAUACCCUCUGACUUCCUUUUUUUGUGGGGUUGAAGGGAGUGUCACCUCAUUGCCGAGUGGAGGAGAUGGUAGUGACUGCUUAUGGGGACCUUUCAGAAUCUAAUUUGCUUCUUGGAGGCUUUUGCACUGUGGUAUUCAGUCGUCUAUGCAGUGGUGGAAAUCGUGGGGUCAAGAAGCCACAUCAUCACCUUUUAGGUCGACCAAUGUAGUUGCAGUCUCCGUCAACUGUCUUCAGCCUCGAAGUUUGGUCUGCUAAUCUCUGUGAUUCCCAACUCAAACUUCCAACUGGGGUCUGGGCAUUCCCAGUUCCUUCCUUUUCCUAUCAGGGCUAGAAUUCAACUCCCACCCAGUCAAACCCAUCAUUGAACCUGGAACAAGAACAAAAACAAAGUUGCUGGAAAAGCUCAGCAGGUCUGGCAGCAUCUGUGGAG